CCCGAAUGACGUGGUUUUCCACUGUCUUCAUCAGUGAAGCCUACGCCUCCUCCAGCACGAUCCAGUACGGCAGUACACCGGUCACUCCCGUCCCGACAUCGACAGCCCCCAUAGUGAUCGUGACAUCCUACAUUGACGAGCCAAUCGCCAACCGCAACAUCAACCAGACUACGUGGGAGACGGUUCUCGUCACGGUGCCGCUCACAACCCAGCCGGCAGUCCUCGUCACGACCACGCUGCAGCCGCCCACCGUGACACUGAACAGCACCACUACCGAGACAGUCUACACCAGUGCCAUUGCCGCCACCGUCACUUUCGCACAGACCACCUGCAGCGAUGGCGCGACGGCCUCGCCUACCAGCACCACCACCGUUUAUACGGGCGGCUACGCCCCGGUCCAGGGCCAAGUCACGACGGUGCGUACCAGAUUCCCUACGGCCCUAACAACAUAUGCUUCCGUGACGGCAUCGUACCGCGUCUACACGUAUGUCGGCAGCACCGUGACCUUCACGUCCACCGUCACCGGAACUGCGUAUCUCUCCACCACCACCGCGGGCACCCAGACCGUGGGCGUGGGCGUCGGCGGCGGUGGGCGCUACAACACACGCACCAAGUAUCUCAGCACCGUGAUAAAGACGCGGGGCGACUACCUUCUCGCAUACGCCACGAGGACGGUCGGAGCGGCGUGUGGGGGUACAGUGGCAACAGCGGCGCGGGCGGCGCAAUGCGCGCCGACAAAUCUCAUCGCAGAGCGUGACGGCCGCGGCGUUGCCGUCCGCUUGCUGCCGGACGACUGGACAUUUCCCAUCGGCUUUCCCGGCGUCGUGAUUGGGAUCCCCGGCAUGGAUGCAAGCGCGUGCUGCCAGCUGUGUCUCGACAACAAACACUGCGCUGCCAGCGAGUGGACGGUGAGCUGGAGCGGCGCCUGCCGGCUGUACUACUACAACUCUCCAGGGGCGGACACGAACGGGAGUUGUGGCGCGGUGCCGAUCGAGUACUACGGCGACAUCUACGCGCUGCCGGGCCAGGGGAGCUACGUGCAGAGCGGAUGUGGGAGCUUGAAAUACCUGGGCCGCAAGAACCCUUUCUGCGAAUUGUGCGACGUGGGCCAGCCAGAGCUAGAAGUGGUGGACAGGGAAAUUUGAGGCGGGAAGGAUUUAGGAGACAACGACGGAUUACCGAGAUCGUAAAAAGAAGACCGACGGCUUUGUUAAGCUCAAGUGCUCAAAGCGGACAACGACAUUCUCUCUUUUCUGAUAAGGGCGGUGUAUCAUGCGUCUGAUAAGGACGGUGUAACAUGCGUGGUUCUUGACUAACGCCGCAGAGUUAAAAGCUUAUAAUUACGGAGUCACGGAUAAUCCUUGGCCGAUCUUUCCUUGUUGAAAUAGCUGGGUAGGUCGCUAUUUCCGAAUCCUCCCUUGUUUAGCACGGUAGUAUUUCCGUACAACUCCAAG